AUGUCUUCACAAUCUUCGUCCACCGAUGUUAUUACAACACUAGAAUCAACAGCAACAUAUUUAUAUCGAUUUGGUGGUCUUAUUUUGGUUAUCUUCGGUAGUAUAGGUUGUAUACUCAACAUAAUAGUAUUUUCUCAAAGAUCUUUACGCAAAAAUCCAUGUUCUACCUGUUUGGUAGUUGAAAAUAUUUUUAAUUUGUUAUUUAUUAACUCAUUACUCUUAUCUAUAACAUUAGAAGUUGGUUAUAAUGUUUAUUUUACUUCAACGAAUAUUGUUCUUUGUCGUUUAUGUUAUUAUACAUCAUUAUUUUCCAAUGUUUUAAGUUCAUUUUGUUUAAUCUUAGCUUCAAUUGAUCGAGUUUUUAUUACUUCAUCAAAUGCUUCUACUCGACAACGAAGUACAUUACGUUUUACUUAUUUCUGUAUUAUUGGUGGAACAAUAUUUUGGAUGUUAUUUCAUAGUCCUUCGUUAGCCUUUACAAAUAUUACACAAAUUGGUGAUAACAUUUAUAUAUGCUUUUAUCAAAUGGGAUUUUAUCUGACAUUUAUUAGUUUUUAUUCGAUUAUUAAAGAAAGUUCGUCUACUUUGUCAUUAUUAAUAUGUGGAAUAUGGGCUGUGAAAAAUAUUCGACGUUUACGUCGUGUAACAUUUUCGACUGCUUCAUCAAAUAAUGGAAAUGCAAGAGUCGUUGGUUCACAUAUUAUUCAUUCAAAAGAUCGACAAUUUGUUUGGAUGGUUCUUAUAGAUAUUCUUCUGUAUGCUAUUUUCUGUUCUAUGGCAGCAAUUUUCUUAACUCAUCAACAAAUUACACAAUAUCAACAAAAAUCUAUUGAACAAGUGCAAUUAGACAUCUUUCUUAAACAAAUUACUGUUUUUUGUCUUCAUAUUCCAUUUGGUAUCAGUUGUUAUACUAAUUUAUUGGUAUCAAAAGCUUAUCGAAAUGCAAUGAAAAAUAUCUUUUCAUGGAACUAA